AGACUGCACAUAUUGUGAUUGUAUAUACAUUUAAAUAAAUAAAGGAAACAAGAAAUGUGAGCAAUAAUAAGGAUAUAUAACAAAUAUUGAAUUUGUUGAAUGCCAACAUUAAGUUACAAAAGCUUCAUUGCUCACCCAUCGUAAUGGAACAUGGUAUAGCCUAAGCCUUGCAGUGGUUUGGCCGUCGCGGACUAAUUUUUCGCAUACCUCACUUGGAGAAGGGUCUAUUCUUUUGAUUCGAGGGAAGCAUCGUUGGACCAAGUGUGUUCAGAUACUUUUGUUCGAACAUUAUAUCGUGUUUUCUGUGCUUUAUCGGACUCCUCGAAAUCUAAUGGCUGUUUACGCACUUCACGUCAAAGGCUGACUCGAGCGUGUGCGAAUACAGUUUAGUGAGAACUGCGAUAAAACGAACGUCAACCGGAUUUGAAAGCCCCACUAAAACGAUGAGCAUGGUGAGAGACUGGUUGGCAACAAAAACUUUUCUCUUCGUAAAUGUAUGCGAGGAUGCUGUUUAGCUAAUGAAUGUAAUCGUUGCCACCCAGUUUAAAUCGGAAGUGAAGCUAUUUCCUUCAGGAAAAAGGUUGAAAAGUAGCAUUUUGCAUGUGGAGGACAGGAACUUGAAGGUGGAUUGUGUGACUCGGGGGGGAAAAACAUUUGUACACGUUCUACGCGUUGUGCUUCGUUUCACUCUAUCAGACUCAUUGGAACCACGGGUGAGAAAAUGCGUUUUUUGAGCUCAUUGUUAUGUUGUAAACUUGAAGAAACCCGAGAGAAUACGACUCUGCUUCGUUUGUGGUUUUUCUUUGCUGUUCUUGUUUCAAAUUCAGCCUGUCCUGACAAAUGCGUCUGUUUCACAUCCACGGUCAAAUGUUUGAACCAGGGCUUAUUCGCGGUUCCACAGCCAUUGCCAGCAAACACUAAAACCCUGUUCAUUACUGGGAACAACAUUUCCCAUCUCACAGCUGUGUCUUUCCCUGUGCCCCUUGAGCAGUUAACAGACUUGUAUCUCACAGGAAACCAGGUGGAGCUGGUGGACCACAAUGUAUUCAACAACUUGCCAAAUCUCAGGCUGCUAGACUUGAGUAACAACAGGAUUCUGCAUUUUAGUGCUCAAGCCUUCCCUGAUCACAACAAACUGCUGGACCUUAGCCUCAGCAGGGCUUUUUACAACCAUACUUCCAUGGAUGAGCUCUUCAGUCUGCUACGGAAUGGCGGAGCCCUUCAACUUACCCGCUUAGACCUGUCCAACAAUGACUUGGUGGUCCUCCCUGAUGACAUGUUCUCCCACCUCUCCAACCUCACCAUCCUCAACCUACAAAACAACUCCCUCAUUUUCAUCCAGAAUGGGACGCUGAGUGUUCCUCGGCUUCGUGAGUUAGACUUGAGGGACAAUGCCCUGAGGGAACUACCCAACACUACACUGAUGGACUUCAGCCUCAAGCCUGGGCUUCAGGUGCAUCUGGCAGGAAACCCUUGGCUCUGUGACUGCAAUAUCGAGGACCUUGUGUCCUGGCUGAAAAGCUCUGAGCAGGUCACAGACAAGCAGAAUAUGACCUGUUCUGACCCUGAGGUUCUGAGGCAGUUACCGUUGCUCCAGAUAAAAGAGUUGGAGUGUACCUUUUCAGGUGAAAUGAAAGGUGUGCUGGAGACCUCGUAUGUCUUUCUGGGCAUGGUGCUGGCCUUGAUUGGAGUGAUCUUUCUGUUGGUCCUCUACCUCAACAGGAAGGGGAUCAAGCGGUGGAUAUACAAUAUUCGGGACGCAUGCAGGGACCACAUGGAGGGCUACCAUUACAGUUCCAUGGAUUGAGAAUCAUGACUCAGACGGGGUUUGUGAGCGGGCUCUCUGUAAUAUAAAAUGUUCCCUCCCUUGAGCAAAAAAGGAUGGUACGUAAAACUCUAACAGACUUAUUUUGACUGGUAAUAACUAGGCUAUAUACACACACAUCUAUAUCCUUUCUGCUGGUUAUAUUUGAAUCACAUUUGUUUCCACUUUCCUCUCACUGUACAGUGUUGCUAUGCUUGUUUAGAUGUCUUUAUUCCUUUUUAAUAUAAUGUGAUUAUUAAAGCAUUUGCUAAUUUAUCUCACGAGUAUUGCACUUGUUAGGUGGACAUUAUCAAAAACAAUUCAUGAUGUACAGCUGAAUAAAAGGUAUUGCGUUGCUGUUUUCCUUUCUCGAUUGAGGUCCUUUAAACUCCAGAGACUGAGGAAUGUGGAGGUAUUUUGGGCAGCAGAGAUUCAGGGUCAUGAAAUGGAGAAGUGCACACUCAUUGUAGAUUCAAACACAUGCAGCAGACAGGUCAUCAUGCUACAGUCGGUACCAACCAUACCACAUAGGCAAUACUUUAUAUGUCACCUCUAUACAUUUAACAAGCUCUGUCAGCUCGUGCAUAUGAGACAUUACAGGUAGAAGCCAUUGUGUCCAAAUUUUACUCUUAAGGAGGUGGGGAAAAGAGUAACUGGGACUUUCGAAGGUGGUAGAAUGACUUUGAAGAUGAAUUGAUUUUGAAAUGCUUUCCAAUUAAAGGUAAUUCAUCUAGAAUCUAGAUGUGAAGGAAUGUUCCUGUCCAAUUUAAUCCCUGCAAGGAAUUGGUUAGAAAUCCCUGGCGCGAAAGCCAAAUAAUUGCAUAGCGCCGAACCCUCCAAAAUAAUAUUUUGACGUCUAGCCAAUGGUCAGUGAACAAGCUCUUUGGUUCAACUACACGAAGUACAGGAAUGGCACUCAUUCAAAGCAUUCCAGCGUUGUGAGUGCAAACAGCUGCAAAAGGGGGAAGUUAAGUGCUGUGUUUCCUGACAAAUGCUAUGGAAGGUACACAGUACCCAAGUUUCUUACCAGGAGGGCACUCUACAGGCAGUAUGGUAUGAUAAUUAGCUCAAACUCUGCUUUAAUCUGCACUGUUUUAGGGGUGUGGCAUUAAAGUAUCUCAUUUUCAAGUAUUGUUUCCUGCUAACUAAACACUGAUCUGUUUCUGGUGUCAGUAUGGAUGAGUAAAUGUCAAACGUGGAACAUUAUUUUACAGUGAAAGUGGUCAGGCAUAGUCGACAUAUAAUUUGGAUGGUAAAGUAACUGCACAAUUGGUGAAUGUGUGAGUAUUUUUUUUUUAUAUACCUGGCCAUUACCUCACCAUGCACAUAGAAGACCACGGGAGAGGAAGUAUGAGCUAACAAGCACAAAACAGAAACACAGUCUCUGUGCACAACUAACUACUACCUUUGCAUAGCCCUGAGCUACUGUACAUAUCCUCUUACCAUAACAAUACCAGACCUCCCUCAGUCACUAGUGAUAUGUGCUGUGAUAUGUGCUUUUCAGGCAAUGUGUUUGAACGUUAAAAAGUGGCCCUUGUGUAAACUGUUUUUGUAUUUCCCAGGUUUGUGAUCAUAGAGAUUUUGUGUCCAAAUUUUAUGCAGUGUGUGGGUGUUAACCAUGUUUCUUCAUACCUCACUUUCAAUACAAAGACAGUCUGUGUACAGGGUCCAAAAAGGAUAAUGCAUUAAAACCAUUACCCAGUAGAUACAUUUUAACCUAGGAUUGACUAUGGAGAUGAGUUUAAAAUAUAUAGGCCUAUCACGUAUUACGUCUGCAAUCAAUCUUCCCAAGGCAUUGUUUGCUUUUAAAUAAGCCAAUAAGGUAUCAGAAGUAGAGGCUAUCCAUUUCAGGAAUUCAGUGUUUUUGUCAUUCAUUUUAGUUCCUUUCCAGCCAACCACCAUUUCUAUUUAUUUUAUAUACACACUACUGUUCAAAAGUUUGGGGGUCACUUAGAAAUGUCCAUGUUUUUGAAAGAGAAGUAUUUUUUUUGGUCCAUUAAAAUAACAUCAAAUU